AUGGCGGCGGCGGCGGCGCGGCCCGCCGGCCCCGGCGAGCGGCAGCGGCGGGUGCAGGCGCUGAGCGCGGCGCUGCGCGGCCGCCUGGGGCCCUACGAGCCGCUGCUGAGCGCGGUGCAGGCCGCGCUGGUGUGGGAGCGGCCGGGCCGCAGCGCGCUGUGCUGGGCGGCGGCGCACGGCCUCUUCGGGUUUUUUGCUCUCACUUCCCUGCGGCUGGUGUUCCUGGUCGCAUUCACCCUCAUGGUAGUAGUUUGCCUAGAUCAGUGGAAGAACAAAAUCUGGCCUGAAAUUGGAGUGGCAAGACCUGACGAAUUAGACAAUGAGAGCUGGGGAUAUGUUCACCCUCGGCUGCUUGGAGUGCCAGAACUGUGUCACCAUUUGGCUGAAGGAUGGGUGGCUGGGACCAACUUCUUAAGAAAUCUCUUUAUUUUCAAGAGGCAAAACCCUGGCAAGUUUUGCCUUCUAGUAUGUGGAGUCUUUACUUUCUUGGCUGUUCUGGGCCGGUACAUCCCUGGACUCUUGCUCUCAUACUUUCUGUUGCUCUUCAUCCUGCUGUGGCCCCUUGCUGUGUACCACAGACUGGGGCAGCGCAUGUACAUGAAGCUGGAGCCAGCUCUGCAGCGGCUGGAUUUCGGUGUUCGAGGCUACAUGAUGUCAAAGCAGCAGGAAAAGCAAUUGCGUCAGCGAGGCCUUAAUCAGGAGGCUACAGAUGAUGGGAGUGACAGUGAAGAGGAGCUUGCUGCAUUCUGUCCCAAGCUGGAUGACUCUGUGGUUGCCAAGGAGCUGACCAUCUCUGACUCGGAGCACUCGGAUGCUGAGGUUUCCUAUACUGAAAAUGGAAUGUUUAACCUUUCAAGAGGCCAGACUCCACUGACAGAGGGAUCCGAAGAUCUGGAUGGUCACAGUGACCCAGAAGAAUCUUUUGCCAGGGAUCUCCCUGACUUUCCUUCCAUAAAUCCAGAAGCAGCUGGCAUAGAUGAUGAAGAUGACACCAGCAUUGGGAUUCCAAGUCUUGCUUACCGCCCACAAGUAACAGAAGAUCUACAUCUCCCUUAUGACCAGGAAGAAUCUGGUGCACUGCCAUCUGUACAAAAUCUCACUAACAACAUCGCUGGAUUUGUCACCAGAGGGAUGAUACAGCUUGCACUAUCAGGAGCCACUCAGCCAGGCUCUUCACACAGUGACAAUCCCCAGAGAGGUGCAAAGACCUUUCUCAGAACAGCCAGCUCAGAUUUGGACACUGAUGCAGAAGGAGAUGACUUUGAACUGCUGGAUCAAUCUGAGCUGAACCAGCUGGAUCCUGCGAGCUCACGGGGCCAAUAAGCAAUCAUAUCACUUCCCUUCUGGUUUUCUGUUGUGCAUCGUGGAGGGAAAUCCUUGAAGGAAAAGGCAUUGCACAGUUACCUAAAUUGUCUCCUGUGUGAGUACAAGUGAUACAAAAACCAAUCCUGGCUGGGAACACCACUGUGACAUGUGACUGUACCCUCGCUUGGAUUUUAAAAUAAACUACACUGGUAAUUCAUAGGGAAAAGGCAUUGAUGUGAUAGCUCCACAAUCACCCAUGUGUUGCUCUGCAUUAUCUGCCAGGAUGCUGCUUACUCCAAACUUCCUCACUUAAGACAAUAAAUCUGGUGUCUAUAGCUCUAGAGACCACUAGUCAGACUGACUUAGCAUCACUGAGGACAAUCUUGUGGCUGACCUUCCUGGGUUGAUGCAUAACAAGGUGAAUGGGAUUGGUUUCCCCUCAGACCUACUGUCUAGGACUUGAUACUUUUCUGUCUUUAAAAUAACCAUUCCCUACUUCUGAAAUGUGCGUAGAAUCUGAUUCUUCUCCCUCAGCAAUAUCCAACUCUGGGUAGAAACUAACAUCUUGCCUCUGUUGUGGACAUGACUGUACUGCCACAGAUGUUUGUACUUGUAGUGACCGCUCAUCUCCAGUUCAAGCUUUCUAGUGAUGCUAUUUUGUAAGAGACACAAUGGCAAUAAGACAUCUGCUGUGAUGACUAGAAUCCUGCGAAGAACAUCUACAUGUGGCAGCUGCUCAUAUGUUGCUUUUCUAAACUAAUGGACUAACAGUUUUUUCUCUGUGUUAUUCCAGAACACAUUCAGCAUGGACACUAGCAAUACUAUACUUCCCUUACACUGCCUCUUAGAGAACUACUAGGGAGAGGUUUUCUGGAGGAGGGAAGAAGUGGAGUUGGCCUCCCUGGCCAGUCUUGUUCUUGGUCUCUGAGACAGCCCAUUGUUUCACAGCUUUGUUUAGUUGAAAACCUGCCAGUAGGAACUGAAUGGAGGACACCAGCUCAAGCAACAAGUGACCAAAGAGCUUGUAACUAUUAUGGUCACUUAAACAAACCAGCAAUCUAUAGGGGAGAGACAUUCUGUAAGCUGGAUGGCCCAAGGCUUCCAGCUCUUUGAGGUAUUGAGCUUUCCCCAUUGCUUUUUCUAAGCCAUAGAAACUAAUACAGAUCACAUUUGUGCAGCAAACAACUUACCUCUUCAGGAAAACUCCCAUUUAUGUGCUUUUUCUUGUCUGAAUCUGCUUGCCUAAAAGUGUUGGCCAUACAGAACUUAGACUGUCCUUGGAACUGAGACAAGGAAGCAGCUGUGGCUGUCUUCAGCCGUAAGUAAGAAUAGUAAGAAUGAGGCUUUAUUAACAUUGCUUUAAUACUAGCAUAAAUCCUCAUUUUGGCCUUGCGAGGACAAACUAUCAUCCAACAAAAUGUUGGAUGCCUUUGGCACCUGAAGUAAACAGCCCGUCCCAAAUCCCUAACAGAGCUGGGAGGUACCAAGUGACCAACUUUGUGUAUUACGUAUACUUAGCAGUCAUUUGUGGGUUUAAAACCUAGUUCUUAUUUCAACUUGGGAUAUCUGUGUUCUCUUCUGUGAGAGAGCUCUUCACCUUGCUCUGGUCACUUAUUGAAUGCUUUCUCGCCUCCUCUUUUCCCUUCUACCUCAUGGUGGAUGGGACUGUAUAGUGAUGGUAUCUGACAGUGUUUAGCAUGAGCCAUCUUUUUAGUAACUGCUGCCACAACAUUCAGCUUCUGUCACUGCUUUGCCUUAUAGGCCAUGACAAAAACUGAGUUGUUGGAAGCCCCUGACUUCUUGGGAGCAAUAACUUAACAAGCCACUAACUAGCACUUUAUAUAGUUCUGCGCCUGAAAUUGGAGCCCAACGUUGUGUAGCUCUUGCUGCCCCAUGAGGUUGUAAUGUUAGUUUUGGUGGGCUAGAUUUCUGAGCUCAAAACAUCUGUACAGUUAUUCUCAAAAGUUUUUUGAAACUGCCCCUGUAUCAGGUGAAUUACAGCUUUGUGUAUGUGUAUAGAAGAGGGAUCUCCUGUGAUCGGAUAUGUUUUAUUUGCCUCCAUGAUGGAAAGAUGUCAGGAUUGUUCAUGAGGACUGGGAUAAGAAGGGAACAGCUGCACUGUACGGUAAUAUCAAGCUGUCUCCAAAACCCAUCAGACCUAUAGGUAAAAUACGUGGUCUUAGAGCGUUCAAGGCGCACACGGUGCCAUGAUGCAGCUGAUGUGACAAGUGGGUAAUUCCUGAAAGCUCAGGCUCUGUUAUACUGCUAGAGAACUGCUCAGAGCUCUGCCAGUGGGGAUUGUUUGGAGAAGGAUUCCCAGGGGUACCAGUGUGAGGGAACUGAGAAAUUUGAAUUCUUGGUUAUUUGCUGUGGAGCUAUAAAAUGUUUCCUCUAUUGUAAGCCCUAGAUUUUUCUUUCCUUUUUGAUAGCUUCGCUCAUAGGCUUUGCCACCUUUGAGGGUGGUGUGGUAUGAACUGAAAGCUUGGAGAGUAUUUUCAGUCUGGCCUUAUUUGCCCAGUCCUACAUGGUUGAACAGGUAAUUCUGAUUCUUCGUAUUCUUUUUCCUAUUUAUAGAGAAGUUACUGCUCAAGAGCAACUAAAGUAUGGGGGUUAACAGUGGGGUAAUGCACUUUGUAGGAGAGAGAAACUGGGUCAUCAUUCUUAAUCAUUUUCAGUGCCUGCUAAGUGUCUUGAUAUCUUUUCUGUGCUCUUCUCUCCCAUAUGGUCCUUGCUAUCAUUGUGUGUCAUCAGCUACAUCUAAUGGCAGAGGACAGUAAUAUAUUUUAUAAAGACUUCAGUUUCUGAAAGUUUCUAGUAGCAGCAGUUUUCCCUUUCAUAGCCCCAGAAAAGAUGAGGAAGGUUACUGAUGUCUUCUGAAGGUUGAGGUCACUUUUCCAAGCGUUUAUUUGUCUAGAAAAUACUUCUAUAGCAAAAUACCCUACAAUGGUAAAGUACAAGAAGCAGCUCCAGGUCAAGGAGCUCCCCUUUAUCUCCUGCAGGAAGGAGGCAUCACUGCUCUGUGCUUACGUACUGGGAGCUGCUAUGCUUUGGAAGACUGCUGGCUUAAUCAUCUCUGUUUUGUUAGGCUGCUGUGUCUCCUGGAGGUAGAAAUGCAGGAGCCUCACAACUGCAGGUUGUAUCUGAAAUCACUGUACGCUUUCUCUUGAUGCUGAGCCUCCAAACCAGCGGCAGUGGAAACAGAUACUGUGUCCGGGCUCCAGACACUCGCUGUUGGGCUGAAACACGCGGAUCGCCGGAGCUGUAGUCCUGACAGGACGUGUCGACCUUUCCACCUAAUGCCAAAAGAGACUGUGGGAGGAGAAUGUGCACCUGCCUGGUUUGGUGUCCGGCCUUAGCCGUGGCUGCAGCUGUGACUGAUGUGCGGCGGGAGCUGGCAGAUGCUCCCCAGAUCUCUGUACCUUGUGAACCGAAUGGAGUUGAUGAAAAACAGUUCUCGUGUGCAGCCCCGUGCGUCCAGGGCGCGAGCUGAGCUGUGGUGCCUGCAGCUGCUACGGAUUAGCCUCUGCGGGAGUCCCGGGGCCCGCGGGGUGCCUGGCCCAGCCAGUAAAGCUCCUGGUUACAAA